GAUGGAAUCGAGAUUGUAAAAAUGGUAGAGAUGUUGCCUGCGUUAGUGAGAACUUUCAGAAAAGAACUUCUCCCACAUUUUGGGCAGGGCGAACGCACAUUACAGAAAUUCUGCACUUGUGAAAUAUUGCAAAAGAAGGACAAAUAUUCAUUAAAAAACAUCGGCUCAAAUAAGCCCCAGGUGUCUGGCAGGAGAAAAAAAGCUCCAGACUACAAGAGGUUUGGUGGGAGCAAGGAAUUCCCAGUAUCUGUGUUUCAGCUGCCAAGGCUGGAUCAGAAUGAAAUAGACCUGGAGAGUGGAUCCAAGCACAAGGCUAUGAUUGAAAAUGCCCUGCACAGUGCAAUUGAAUGUCUAAUCUUUUCUAAUGAAUUGAAUGACGAUGUUCUAACUGGAUGUCCUAUAGAAAUAACAAAGGUUGAGCUUGCUUCCAAUUUUUCCAGCGCCUUUGUUUACUGGAAACUUGAUGACGUUCCUGGUGGCCCAACUGAGGAAGAAAUUUCUCAAGCUUUCGAUCAAAAUCUGGAAUUUAUCAGAAAUAUGCUGCCAGCGUACCACUCAAUGACGCAUACUCCACUUGUGACAUUUGUUAAAGAUUUGAAGUUAGCAAAGGAAAGGGAAAUUGAUAAUCUUUUAAAACAGAUAGAACUAAAUAUCCCGAACCAAGGUUGAUGGCAACUAGUGCAAACAAAUUACAAGUCGAAUUUGAGAAUUUUUUACAUUGAGCUAGAUGGAAAUUUUAUGAAUACUUAGAUUUUGGUAUUGAUUUAAGUUGAUAUCAGUAAAUAUCAGUUCUUAUAUCAAGGAAAGACGCAGUUAUCGAGUCCACGGCCUAGACACAAGCCUAGUAGAAUGCAUAUAAAAGGCCUAGUAUCACCCCCACCCAGUACCUCUUUGGACGUGUGAAAUCAAAAGCACAGAUAUCAGUUUUGACGGGGGGUGUCGUAGAGCACGCUGUCUGGAAUCUCGUACGCUUCUAGGUUAUAUAAGAUUUACCCUAGGUAUUACAAAUACCAAAAAACAGGUACAACCUUGAAGCCCCGAUUAAUAAUUUUCAGCUUUGGGUGACUGGUGUUUUGAGCCAAGUAUUUGAUUUGUUCCCCAGUGUUAUACGACAAAUUAUAUGUAGGUAAUUUCAUACCUUAAUCGAGUUAAAUCACAAUUUAAAACACUAAUAUUCACGUUCACGCGAAUAGUUUAUACGCUCACUAUUUGAGAGCUAUGAAAGUUUUAUGUCACAGAGACGAAAGCAAUAACGAACACAGAGAUAUUGCUAUUGCUGUUAACGUAAACAAAUUUUUGUGUAGUUAAAACAUUUUUCACACAAUCUUUAUUGCGAGUGUUUUUGGGAAAUAAAAACAUUGUUUUGA